UUUCCAGAGGCAACCGGCUGAAGGGCGCAAGCAUACAGAACCUGGCUUGCGAAGAAUCCAAUUACGAGCCAACCCGACGCAAUCUACUUCCUCUGCCUUCUCUCGCCGCCGUCCUGAUACAGCUUUCUCCUCUCGAACGCUCGCUCGCUCCCUCCGAAGGCCGAAGGAAGAGAGAGGUGAAAGGGAUAGAAGAGAAGGAUGUCGAAGAGUUUGGUCCAGCCGAUCGGGCAGAAGCGGCUGACGAACGUGGCUAUCGUCCGCCUCAAGAAGCACGGCAUCCGCUUCGAGAUCGCCUGCUACAAGAACAAGGUCCUUUCUUGGCGCUCCGGAGUUGAAAAAGAUUUGGAUGAAGUCCUGCAGUCACAAAUUGUUUACGCAAAUGUUUCUAAAGGAAUUCUUGCAAAAUCAAAGGAUUUGAUUGCAGCUUUUGGCACUGAUGAUCAGUCAAAAAUAUGCUUGGAGAUUCUGGAAAAAGGAGAGCUUCAAGUUGCUGGGAAGGAGAGAGAGUCUCAGCUAUCAAGUCAGUUCCGGGAUAUUGCAACAAUAGUUAUGCAGAAGACUAUCAAUCCAGAAACUCAGCGCCCUUAUACGAUCAGCAUGAUCGAGAGGAUUAUGCAUGAAAUUCAUUUUGCAGUGGAUCCUCAUACCAGCUCAAAGAAACAGGCUCUGGAAGUUAUACGUGAGCUUGAAAAACACUUCCCUAUAAAGCGAUCCCCAAUGAGACUUCGGCUUAUUGUACCUGAGAAGAAUUUUUCUGUUCUCAUGGAUAAGCUCAAUGGAUGGAAUGCUAGCAUUGUUUCAAAGGAUGAAUCUGGAAAUCAGCUAUCUGUUGUCUGUGAAAUAGAACCUGGUCUUUUCCGUGAUUGUGAUGCUCUAGUGAGAAAUUUGCAAGGGAGGUUGGAAAUACUUGCUGUGUCAGUGCAUGUGGAGGGGGAUUCUCAUGUAGACCAGUAUGAUGAUACUGAAGACCUUCCCUCAAAGUCCACGAAGGAAUCAGUUUUUAUGGUCCAAAUAAAUGAGAGAUUACAGAAGCAGAAGAUUUCUGCCGAAACUAGAAGUGGUGAAGAGCAGGUCAAGCAGAACAGAUGUAGCACGUGUGAUGCCGUUGUAGGAGAUGCGAAACAAUAUAGGGAGCACUUCAAAUCCGAAUGGCACAAGCAUAACCUGAAGAGAAAGACGAGGCAGCUUCCUCCACUAACUGCUGAGGAAUGCUUAGCUGACAUGGAAGUGGGUGAUUUGAAGGCGGAUCUGAAGGAAUAUUCCUUCUGAAGUGAAUAAAGUUCAGAUAUGCCAAUUAGUAUUAGCUGAUAGUUACACAAGAAGCGUGUAUGCAUACAUACUCGUGAAGUUAAUAUAUAGAGUUGAUUGGCUUGGACUUGCUGCUACCUACUCUGGUUAAAAUGCAAGCAUAGGAAACUUAGAUGACGUUAUGGAUGAGAAUACUACCCUUGCCUGUUUAUCUUAAAAUAUUCCAGUGACUUCAUACUAGAGUUAACCAAUUGCAACCCUUAUAUAUGUAAUUGUACAAGGAUUGCUGCAAUAUUCAUCCAAGUUGGAUGUUUCUGUUCUUCUCCUCCCUCCCCUUAUUUUGUAUGAAAUUCAAAAAAGUUUUGUCAUCCCA